AUGAAGAGCGUAAAAAUAGUGCCGGUAUUUUAUUUGGUGGCAUUUUUUUUCCACAAUUAUAAUGAAGUAAAAUGUAAUAAAGUAUAUACUACUGGAGAUAAUUUUAUGCCUUGUUCAGAAUGUAAGGAUAUAAAUAAAUGUGGUGGAUGUUUGUUUGAGCACAAUGAGUCUUUACCUAGUGCAAUAGAAUUAAAAUUGACAAAAAAAAAUAGGGAUAACAAUAUUCAUGAUAAUUUAAAAAUUCACCAUGAUUCAUUAAAAUUAGGGAAUGUAAAAUAUUAUGUAAAAAGAGGAGAAGGAGUUUCAGGAAGUUUAGGACAUGUUGGAGGAAAUGACAUAACCAAUAUGGCUGAAAUUCAUAAUGAAAUAAAAAAUAGAACAGAAAAAAAAGAAAAAAAUAAAUCGUCUUUAAGUUUUAUGGAUCAUAGUAAUGAUAAUAUAGAAGAUGGGAAAGAAAGUUAUAAUUUUUCAAAAAUCCAAAAACAUGAACAGGAUGGAAAUAAAAUAAAUACACAAGAAUUUGAAAAGAUAAAAAGUCAAAUUGAUAAAGAUACAAGUUCAUCAUCUGAUAAUGUUGAAUAUGAUAAUACAAAUCGAAGUGAGCCUUCUAAAGGUGUGACUAUUGAAGAGACAAGUGAUAAUGUGUUUUUAGUUCCUUUACAGCAUUUAAGAGAUAGUCAGUUUGUUGGUAAAUUAUUAGUAGGUACUCCUCCACAAGAAAUACAUCCAAUCUUCGAUACAGGUAGUACAAAUUUAUGGGUAGUUACAACAGAAUGUAAAGAAGAAUCAUGUAAAAAAGUACAUCAAUAUAAUCCAAAUAAAUCUAAAACAUUUAGAAGAUCCUUUGUAAAACAGAAUUUACAUAUUGUUUUUGGAUCAGGAUCUAUAACAGGUACAUUAGGUAAAGACAAUUUUAUAUUAGGUAAUCAUACAAUACGUAAUCAGAUAUUUGGAUUAGUUAAAAGUGAAUCUAGUGAUAAUUUAAAUAAUACAGAUAAUGUUUUUGAGUAUAUAAAUUUUGAAGGUAUAGUAGGAUUAGGUUUUCCUGGUAUGCUAACUGCAGGAAGUAUUCCAUUUUUUGAUAAUCUAUUAAAGCAAUAUAAAAAUAUGACACCUCAAUUUUCUUUUUAUAUAUCACCUAAUGAUGAAACAUCAGCAUUUAUAGUUGGUGGUAUAAAUAAAUCAUAUUAUGAAGGAGAUAUAUAUAUGUUGCCUGUUGUUAAAGAAUAUUAUUGGGAAGUGAAAUUAGAUGCUAUAUAUGUAGGAGAUGAAAAAAUAUGUUGUGAGGAAGAAAGUUAUGCAAUAUUUGAUUCUGGAACUUCUUAUAAUACAAUGCCUAGUAUUCAAAUAGAUAAUUUUUUUAAGAAAGUUAUAUCAAAACCAUGUAAUGAAGAAAACUAUAAUGAUGUAUUAAAAGAUUAUCCAACAAUAAAAUAUGUUUUUGGAAAAUUAGUAAUUGAAUUAUUGCCUAAUGAAUAUAUGAUUGUAAAUGAGGAUUUAUGUGUUCCAGCUUAUAUGCAAAUAGAUGUGCCAUCGGAAAAGAACAAUGCUUAUCUACUUGGUACUAUAGCCUUUAUGCGACAUUACUUUACAAUUUUUGUAAGAGGACAAGAAGGUAGUCCCUCUAUGGUUGGUGUGGCAAAAGCUAAGCGCAAUUAA